AUGUAUCCGGACGGAUUGACAGAGAGCGAAAAGCUCAAAGUCAAAGAACUAUGCACAAUGGUCAAUAUAUCCGACGAGGAUGCAUUUAAAUUACUGAAAGAAAACGAUUGGGACAUUGCAAUUUCAUCUCGUCGAGUGUCAAAACAAGAAGAUAAAUCAUUUGUUCCAGGCACUUCCAGAGAAGAAAUCGGUGGCGACUUGGAUCGGUUAUCCAGCCGUCUACGUGUCCAUGGAUUGGCAUUCUAUCUUCCAGAUUUCGGCGGAUUUCCAAAUGAAUUCCGAACUUUUUUGGAGAAAGAUCUGAUCGAAACGCAGACACAGAAGAGAUUAGAAGCUUCUAGACAUCUCAACUGGUGGCAUCAAUUCGGUCAGAAAUUGUACCCAUUGUCAACGACUGGAGAUGGAAAUUGUCUGCUCCAUGCUGCGUCUCUUGGAAUGUGGGGAGUGCAUGAUCGCCAACUUUCGCUUCGUGAGACAUUAUACGAGUUGCUCACCAAUGGAGCCAGAAAAGAAGCGAUUCGAAGAAGAUGGAAGUGGAUUGAACAUCAUUUGAACCAGAGCAACGAUCUCGCUUUAACAUUAUCCGAAGCGGAAUGGCAAUUGGAAUGGGAUGUUGUACUGGGUCUCUCGUCCCCAUUACCCCGAAAACAAGAGGAUAAUGGAUCGAAUUCCACUGACCAAAUCUACGAAAGUCUUGAAGCGAUUCAUGUGUUUGCGCUGGCACAUGUGCUUAAAAGACCAAUUGUAGUGGUGUCGGAUACGAUACUCCGUAACGCAAAAGGCGAAGAAUUGUCUCCAGUCGCAUUCGGUGGUAUAUACCUUCCAUUGGAAUGCCCACCAUCACAAUGCCAUCGAUCUCCAUUAGUUCUUUGUUACGAUUCGGCACAUUUCUCGCCAUUGGUUCUCAUGAGAACUGAAACUAACAAUAAACAAAUAAUCCCAAUAAUAGAUGUGAAUCGAAAUCUGCUUCCAGUUCACUUUUCUGUGGACCCGGGAGAGAAUUUUGAUUGGUCGAAACUGGAUAAUAACAACGGUUUUACGCCAGCAGAUAUGUCACAAAUAGAUAAACUGGCAUUGAUUAGUCAGUAUAUGGAUAUUAUUAGAUUAGAUGUUCGUCGUGGCUCAAUUCGUAGUACUCGUCGGGUCCGUAGCGCCCACGCUCAAUUAACAGAAUCACGGGAUAACCAUCACAACCGUAACCCUGCUCAUCCACGUGACACGUCUGCCAACAAUUCGGGAGACGAGGCUUCUCAUCAACAGCCAUCAAAUUCUGCAAAAGGAAUGACACUGGCUUCCAGUGGAAUCGCAGCGGGACGUCAUGAAAAAUGGAGAUUAAUAAAUGAAAUCAGAUCACACGUCCUUCGGACUCUUCGUAUUACUGUAUCCACGAAUCGGGGUCCGAACAAAGAGAAAUUGAUUGAUACGGAUGAUUGUAUCGCUCGGAUGAAUUCCACGUGUGUUCUGGCAUCAGAAUUAUUGCCAACUCAUCAUCAAUAUAUGGAUAAAAUAAUUAAUGAAUACAUGAAGAGUGCGAAACAACGAUUCCAACAAAAUCAACGGACACAGGCGGAUUCCAGAAAACGAAUUAGUCGCAGUUUCAGUGCCAGUUCACUCAUGUUGACCUGCAUCGGAUGUGAUUCGGAAUUCAAACCGGCCGCCCAAGUGACAAAUAUCAUGUGUGAUCAAUGCUUCGCAUGGCAAAAAAUGAGUGUUCUCACUUCAAAUUGCGAUCAAUUUAUGGGAAAUUCUGGUCCUCCGUGCAAAAGUUCGACACUUCCAUCAUUUGGAUCCGACGGCAGCCCAUCAGACAAAGAGAAUAUUGUUGAAGUAUUGAAUGUGGUGCCAAAAGAUGGAACAAAGGCGUUGACAAGUAUGCGCGCCGUGGAGGACGAAAACGGAGUGGUUCACUAUUAUAUGGAUGACGACGUCACUGAUUCAAUUGACCAAUAG